AUGGCGCGACGCCUGGAACGCUGCGAACUGGCUGGACUAUUAUAUAUACUGGAUGUUCCCAAAUCGGAGCUACCCCUAUGGCUCUGCAUAGCCAACUUUGAGAGUCGCUACAACACGCACAUUGUUGGACGCGGAAAUGCUGAUGGUUCGCUGGAUUAUGGCCUCUUUCAGAUCAGCGAUCGUUUCUGGUGCACGCCCCCUUCUGAGACCACCUACUACACCUUCAAUGAAUGCAAUGUCAACUGCACGGAACUGUUAACCGAUGAUAUCACGAGGGCCGUGCAAUGUGCAAAACGGAUAAAAACGCAACAGGGCUGGACUGCUUGGUCCGUCUUCGGAGAGUUUUGCAACGGAACAAUCGAUGGCAUUGACAAGUGCUUCGGGGCGGUGUAGUACUCUUAGAGUUCAUAAGUUGGUGCGUCAGCCCCAACAAGAAACAAGUCUGCGUUGAUUAAUUGGACGCACAGAGUGUGCGAAGAGUCGCGUCCGUUAUGU